AACAACACCAGUAUUAAUGCUAGCGAAUAGUGUUGAGCUCGUGGUACACUAAGUCAAUAGCAAAACCAAAGGCAGCAAUAGCCAUCUGCAGGAAGAGGAACACAUCGAAAGAGGAGUGAAGACAGAGCCAUGAUCUCGCAGUUCUUCGUCCUCUCUCAGCGUGGCGAUAAUAUCGUCUUUAGAGACUACCGUGGUGAAGUGCCGAAAGGUAGUGCAGAGAUAUUUUUUCGGAAAGUGAAGUUUUGGGAAGAUGGAGGGCUCGAGGAGGCACCACCUGUCUUUAAUGUGGAUGGUGUAAAUUACUUUCACGUGAAAGUUGUUGGGUUAUUGUUUGUUGCAACUACAAGAGUUAAUACAUCACCUUCCUAUGUCUUGGAGCUUUUACAAAGAAUUGCUCGUGUUAUCAAAGAUUACCUUGGCAUUCUCAAUGAGGACUCAUUACGGAAGAACUUUGUGCUUGUGUACGAGUUACUUGAUGAAGUUAUUGAUUUUGGUUAUGUGCAAACAACAUCUACUGAAUUGUUGAAGUCCUAUGUUUUCAAUGAGCCACUAGUGGUUGAUGCCACACGUAUGCCACCUCUUGGACCUGCUACACUUUUUGCGCAAGGGACAAAAAGAAUGCCCGGGAUAGCUGUCACAAAAUCAGUGGUUGCAACAGAGCCUGGAGGUAGAAAGAGGGAGGAAAUAUUUGUAGACAUAAUUGAGAAAAUCAGCAUCACUUUUAGCUCUAGUGGCUAUAUACUAACUUCUGAGAUUGAUGGCACCAUACAAAUGAAGAGCUAUCUUUCUGGCAAUCCUGAAAUUCGAUUAGCUCUUAAUGAUGACCUUGCCAUUGGAAGAGGCCAAGGACCUGUUUAUGGUUAUAGGAGUUCAACAGGCUCAGGAGUAGUGGUAUUAGAUGACUGUAAUUUCCAUGAAUCUGUUCGUCUUGAUAGUUUUGAAGUAGACAGAACUCUAUCCCUGGUACCACCAGAUGGUGAAUUUCCUGUCAUGAAUUACCGUAUGACCCAGGAAUUCAAGCCUCCUUUCCGUAUCAAUGCUUUGAUCGAAGAAGCAGGGGCCCAUAAGGCAGAAGUCAUUCUUAAAGUACGUGCCGAGUUUGCGUCAAGUAUAACUGCAAAUACGAUCAAAGUGCAGAUGCCACUACCAAAAUACACCAAUAGAGUGAGUUUUGAGCUGGAACCUGGAGCUUCUGGACAAACAACUGAUUUCAAGGAGGCAAAUAAGAGGCUAGAGUGGAAUUUAAAAAAGGUUGUUGGAGGAUGUGAACAUACUCUACGUGCAAAGCUUAGCUUUUCUCAGGAAUUACAUGGUAACAUAACAAAAGAAUCUGGACCUGUUAGCAUGACGUUUACCAUUCCAAUGUAUAAUGCAUCUCGGCUUCAGGUAAAAUACUUGCAGAUAGCAAAGAAAUAUGGAACUCAUGAACCAUAUAGAUGGGUGAGAUAUGUGACGCAGGCCAACUCCUACGUUGCUCGCAUAUGAUGCAAUUAAGCAGAGUGCCCCGCAGCUCUUCUUAGUGCUCUUUAUUAUCCCAUGGUUUCCCUUUAUUUACUUUAUUCUUUAUUUGUAAAUUACACUUUAAGUCAGACAGACCAUAAUAGUCGCUCUUUCAUUCAUUGAUCAUAAAACCAGCUUGGUUUACAA